AUGGCAGAAAAGGAGGUGGUUAUUUCUCGGCUGCAGAGCGCUCUUCUGCGUUUGCCAAAGGAUGAUCUGAUCAAGUUGCUCCGGAGCACGUACCAGGCUAUGCGCAUAAAGCAUGGAAUACCCUACGAGCGCCCCGAAUCGAAUACACACAGCUCCGCAGCACAGAGAGAAACGGCCGCCAGGGGCGUAAAGGCUACUGCCGCUCGCAGCAAGAGGAAACACAGCGUAGGCAAAAGGAAACCGUCCGACACCCCUUCGGAUAAAGGACAUUUUGCGAAGGUGGAACAGCCUACCUUCCGACAAAUCGACAUUUUGGCUGACGAUUUUAAAGAUUUGAACCUGUCUUAUGACUCCGACGCGUUCGACUUGGCCGAACCGAGCGCCGACAACCAGCAGCAUGCCAGCUCUCCGACUCACGGCGGCACCGUCGACCGAGCCAGUGUACAGGAGAGCACCUUAGAUGACCGGGAAUUCGCAAUUCAGACCCUAAAGGAUGAUGCGCGGCAGAUAGUGCCUCCACUGGACCUUUCAGGCAUAAGUGCCAGCGCGAAGGAGGCGUACAAGGUGACCGACUUCCUGCCGUCACCGGAAGUGUGUGCGACAGGUUCGUUUUCAGAGUCGAAAAAUAACGUCUUACUAGACCCUUACGUGAAACUGAAGCAUGUAACGUGUCCGGAGGCGCAUCCGGUAGGGGAAUUUGCAACCGACAACUUUAGUGGCCAUUGGCUACGUGACUCGCCUGGGUACAGCAUGCCAGACAACAGCAAAAUGCCACAUCCUCGCACUGUUGUCCGAGGUAACUACACCGUGACACCGCGGCCGGGACAGUGGGUGAGGGGCUAUCCCCUCCCUCAGCAUGUGUACGAUCCGCCGUAUCUGCACCUUCCUCAGGCUUUUGGAACUAUGCCCGGUGGGCAAGUCGCUUAUCGCGAUAUGCAGCGACUUGGGCCAUGCGCUCCAAGUCAGGUUCGUGGCCGCUCAGUGCAGCGUUUCUAG